UAGAACGGUCGUCUGUUUGUCAACAGGUUUGUUUUGAUUAGCUAGGUUAGGUUCGCUACAUUUAAACACUCCGAGCAAUAAGUUAGAUAGUUAAAAGAUUUUCUAAAAUAAAUGUAGGUUUCGACUAUCAACUGCAGUCAUGAACGGGAGCUGUAAUCCUCUCCUGGAUAAAGAGGAGCAUGUUUUAAAGCUUGGCGAGAGCUUUGAGAAACGCCCGAAAUCGUCCUUCCACACGAUUAGAUACGAUUUCAAACCUGCAUCCAUCGAUACUUCCUGUGAGGGUGAGCUGCAGGUGGGCAAAGGAGAUGAAGUCGCCAUUACACUGCCACACAUACCAGGCUCCACCCCUCCUAUGACCGUGUUCAAGGGCAACAAGAGGCCGUAUCAGAAGGACUGCGUUCUGAUCAUCAACCACGACACUGGAGAGUUUAUUCUUGAAAAGCUUUGCAGCAGCAUUCAGGUCAAGAAAACCAGAGCUGAAGGCAGCAGUAAGAUCCAGGCUCGGAUAGAGCAGCAGUCGAUGAGGGCCAGUCAGCCCACCGCGCAGUUCCGUACCCCCACCAAGCCUGGCGCUGGGGCCAAGACCUCGCCCACCAAAGAUAACCCCUCCCCUGAGCCCCAGCUGGAUGACAUCAAAAGAGAGCUGCGAGCAGAGGUUGAGGUCAUCGAGCAGAUGAGCAGCAGCGGCAGCAGCAGCUCCUCCGACUCCGGCAGCUGCUCGGGUAGCGGUGGCGGCGACAGCUCCAGCAGCGACGACGAACAGCAGAGCCCGCCCCCCCAUGGCCGGCCCCGCCCCUCGCCCGCCCGAGACGCUGUGGCCAACGGCACGGAUGAGCCUCAGAACAGCAACCAGCUGAUGAACACGCUCCGGAACGACUUGCAGCUGAGUGAAUCAGGCAGUGACAGUGACGAUGACUGAUGGCCUCCUCUCGCCUAGUGCUCUUCUCCUCUCCCGGCAGCAUCUCUCCGCCGCCUUGCUUUGGGCUUUUUAAACCCUGCCGGUCACUCUCGCGGCGCUUUUUUGUCACAGUCGUAUGUGAAAUGUCUACUUUCACCGUUAGCACUGGAGUUCAAAGAGUGCAUUUUAAUUGGAUGUCUAUUACAAGGUUUUAAUGCGGAGUUGGCUUGGUGUUAAACCUUAGCGUACAUGUUAAAAAAUGCUUCACCAUUAAAGGUGACUGUUGUUAUUGACUGUUAAACUGUUGAUGUUGGUGUAUAUAUGAACUGUGUUCAUGAAGAAUCCUUAGUUAAUAAGGUGGCACGGCCAUGUCUGCCUUUGUGGUACAUCUUCUGCCUCGAUGCGUCCUACUGUUGCAGUUUUGCUGAGGCAGACAGACACCAGUAACGUAUGUUGUAAGAAAUGGAAAAACUCUGUUCUAGCUUCUUGACGGCUGUGCAAAUUUUCGCCUAAAUUGUAGCUUCUAGGUGCAGUGUGUGUGUAUAGACCUUAACAUGAAUGUUGAUUGAACUGAAAUAACCUGGAUGAAUCUGGGCUCCAGAGGAGUCUGCAUGGUAAGGCUCUGAUUCUCGCUCAUUCUCUGAUAUUGUCCUGAAAUGGAACUUUCCUUACCUGUCUCUGUCAUCUAGUAUUAAAGGAGGAGUAAGGAUC